CUUUCUGCUAAAUACAGCAUGGAUCUUGGAAUAACUGUUAUUUCAGUUAUUUUUAGAUGGCUUGCAGUAAUAGACGCAUGUUAAAUUUUAUCUGCUCAAAAAGCUGCUCAGCAUUAAAAUAUGCCACCUGCACGUUUAAGGGUAGGCACAUUGUAAAUUCCUGCACAAUAAUGGAAAUGCAAAAUGUGUACCCUGUUUAUUUGAGUCCUAAAUCAGAGGUUCUCAACCUUUUGCAACUAAAGCCCCCCGAAGCCUUCCCUAUCAUGUGGCACUGUACGAAAUCAAUCACUCCGUGCCUUCAGGGGCCGCUGCAGCAUUCUCAUUCUUCCUUCUCAGGCGAAGUUGACCUGUAGAGGGCGCACAUUAGUCCAAAGUUUAAACCCGCCAUUAAAUCAGACACAUGCACUGAUGUGUAAGACUUUAAUUCGGUUUUGUUGCAAUUAUGAACUGGAAAUCGUAGUAACAAUUAUGCCUUAGUUAAACGCUUUUCAACAAUAUGUUCAUAAUCACUUAGUAAAUUAUAACAGUAAGGAAAUGUGUGCUCUGUGUAACUUUUCUUAACCAAACGUAUUAAACCUGUGUAUUCUCUCGUAUUUAAGUGUAUUUAAUAUGAAUAUUUUGUAUAUACCCCCACCCCCCUGUAUGAAUCAUUGUUCAUACCGAUGCUUAACUUUAAUCUCUCUUUGAUCAUUCAAAUAGGCAUUUUGUAUAAAACAUUAGCCAAUAAUACUUUAAAACUUUGAAUAAGACUUUGGACCAGGCUUGGGCUACAUUAUCCUGUUUUAGAUCUUUUUGACUAAUUAGUGCCAUCUACAGGUCAUCUAUCGAAUCUUCAUCAUUUAAUGUAGAACGGGCAGCUUGAAUUCGAGUUAAAUGCGUGGUGCAUGUUGUUUUAAACGUAUGUAUAUAGUGCAUAUAGUGGCGUUAUGCUGGUCAGUUGUAUGUGGUGUUGGAAAUAACUGGGCCAUCAAACGUGGUGUGUGUGUGUGUGUGUGAGUGCGCGCGCGUGCGCCACAAGCAGCUCCGCUAUCCUGCAACAGAAGACCACUGAUAUAUAGCCACUCUGGUGUUUGCAAGGACAAAGCUUUAGAUCGGCUUACUUUAAUCACCCGAAUUAAAUUCUUUAACGUGACUGUUCCUGUUUACGUCAGCUGUCCAAGUCUACUCACCGACCACAUUCAAUUAAACAGCAGGCUCUAAGGAUAACCGCAAUCCACUCCAAAGAAGAGAUAGAUCAGGUGUUGUAAUCGCAUCAUGAGUAACGCGUUUAAAAACUGCAAAACUGUCCUUGUAACCGGUGCUAACCGAGGCCUCGGUUUACAAAUAGUUGAAAGCUUAGUAACUGGAGGAUUUUGUCCAGGAAAGAUCAUUGCUACUGCGCGCCGUCCGGACGAUGCGAAGGAAUUGCAGUGCCUGUCCAAGAAUCAUCCAAAUAUACACAUCAUCACACUUGAUGUUAUCAGUGAGGAGAGUAUAAAGAAAGCCUCUGUGGAGGUAGAAGAGAUUGUUCAGGAGGAUGGCCUCAACUGUCUUAUCAACAAUGCUGGCAUCAACGUCAUGGCCAACUUUGAAACAGUGACUGCUGAGAAAAUGUUGAAAAACUUUCAUACAAAUUGUGUAGGACCCCUCAUGAUCACCAAGGCUAUGCUUCCAAUGUUAAAGCGGGCUGCUGCAAAAGGGGUGGGAAUGGGCAUCCACCGAGCCGCAGUCAUCAACGUGACUUCACUCUUGGGCUCAGUGGAGCUCAAUUGGGGAGAACGUGCCAAGGAUUUCAAAUGGUACCCAUAUAGAACAUCAAAGAGCGCACUAAACAUGAUCACUAGAUGUAUGGCAGUGGACCUGGAGCCAGAUGGGAUCCUCUGUAUGGCUAUUCAUCCUGGCUGGGUGCGCACAGAUAUGGGAGGACAGGAGGCACCGUUGAGUACAGAAGAGAGCAUCGGCUCUGUCUUGGCCGUGAUUGGCAGUUUGACUGAGAAGGAUCAUGGCAUGUUUCUGCAUUACACUGGUGAAGCUCUGCCCUGGUGAUUUUGCUGAGGAUGUGCGGUAUACAAUAUUAUAAAUUAUAAAACUGCUAAAAGGUGUGUGUGUUAUUUAUUAGAUGGUGCUGAUGUAUGAUUUGUUAAAAGUUUCAGUUCCACUUGUUUCUAAAUGUUCUCUAAGGAAAUAUGCUAACCUUUCCAAAUUAAAGCCAUGAUACUUUAAUUCUUGUGGUAGCUGAAGUAAUACCAGUUUCUUAAAAAAUAUUACCACAGUAGUGUAAAAUAUUACGUAAUAUAAUAGGGAAAAAUAUUGAAAGACUGACAUUUUCUGAUGUUUAAUGUGCACUAUAUUGAGUAUGAGUAAAACACAGUAGAGAUAGGUCCUUUCACUGUAUCUGAGAAGUCUCCUUAAGCAAGUCUAACUGGAAAUGCAUGUAAAUGUAUAUAUAAUUUGAAAUACAUUAAAUGUCUUAAUAAAUAAUCU